GGUCCCUAUCCAACAGUCAGGGAGUGCCCAGUCAGGGAGACCCUCCCAGUGGGGGUCGAGCCCCUGAGCCGGCCUUCCACCCCGGGUGUGUGCCCUGUGUGUGUGUUUUUUGUGUGUGUGUUUGUGUGUAUGUGUGUAUGUGUGAGCCCAGGCCUCGGCUGACAGCAUGGGCAGCGGCCCCUCCGCCCUGAGGGUCUGUGCCGACCACCACGGGGGCAUCAACUGGCUGAGCCUGAGCCCGGAUGGGCAGCACCUGCUAACGGGCAGCGAGGAUGGCACGGCCCGGCUGUGGGGCACCAAGGACGGACGGUGCUGGGCACAUUUCCGAGGUCACGAGAGUUACAUCACCUUCUGCCAUCUUGAGAACGAGGCGGCCUUCACCUGCAGCGCCGACCGCACCAUUCGCAAGUGGGACGUGCUGACCGGGCAGUGCUUGGCCAUCUACAGAGGGCACACGUCCAUCGUGAACAGGAUCCUAGUGGCUGAAGACGUCCUGUUCAGCGGCUCCUACGACCGGACGGCGCGCUGCUGGAGCGUGGACGGGGAGCGGCAGGUCCAGGAGUUCUGGGGCCAUCACAACUGCAUCCUGACCCUGGCUCACUGCCCCGCCAGGGAGGUCGCGGCCGCGGGGCCCGCGGAGGGGUCGGACCGGGGCCUCCUGGUGACCGGGAGCUCGGACUGUACGGCCAAGGUGUGGGGCGUGUCCGGCGGCUGCUGCCUGUGGACCCUGCGGGGUCACACGGGGGCCGUGCUCUGCUUGCUGCUGGACCCGGCCCGCGGGGAGCUGUUCACCGGCAGCACGGAUGCCACCGUCCGCUCCUGGAGCCUGACCACCGGCCAGACGCUCAGAGUGCUCCGAGACCACCAGGGCGCCGUCAUCUGCCUGGAGCUGGAGAAAGGGCUCUUGUUCUCGGGGAGCACCGACCGGACGGUGAGAUGCUGGCAGGCGGACACCGGCGAGAGCAUCCGCACCUACGGGGCCCACAAGCACAGUGUCAGCGCUCUCAAGUGCCACGCCGGCACACUGUUCACAGGGAGCGGGGAUGCUUGUGCCAGGGCCUUCAGCACGGAAUCCGGCGCUCUGCGGAAGGCCUUCCGGGGACACUCGUUCAUCAUCAACUGCAUCCAGAUUCACAACGGCGUCCUGUACACGGCCUCCCACGACGGCACGCUGCGCAGCUGGGACAUCCGCGGGGUCUGCAAGCCGAGGGACCGGGGCUCCCCGAGACGUGGCCUCCCCCGUCUCUUCCGCAACAGGGUCGGCUGCUCGGCCCCGAGCCCCGGGGGCCAGGCUGAAGAACCCGCGUGACCGGCUGGGGGGGCGGCCAGCCAGAUGGACCCAAUGGCGGACACAGAUCCAAGGAAUGCACAGUCCACGGCUGCCGGGCUCAGCCUCCCCGCCUACUAACAGCCCUGGGCUAAUCCCAAGCCCCGGGUUUUCACGUUUGUUGCGGAUGUUGGUAUUUCUAAAUAAUUUUUUAGAGCCCCUCCCUAACACCUGGCCCCCGAUUGCCCUGCUGCGCGCUCCCCCUUCCCGCCCAAGUAGCUGGGCCUGGGUGGAGAGGAGACAGGUGGCGGAGGGGCUCAGAGAUGUUGGUCCGCUGCCACAGUGAGGUUGGCCUGUUGCGAGGGGGCUGCCCUCCCUCCAUAACGGGCCCGCCUCCAGGGAAAAGAUGGGGUCACCGGCGUGAAGGGGGGAGCACGGAGGUUGCGGGCUGAACGAACCUGCACUGGACAGCGGCUGGAUGCGCGGACGGACAGGCCAGGCUGACCAGG